AUGGACGCCAACAAGAAGGAGAAUAAGAUGAACGAGAUGAAGGAGCAGCUCGUCGAAGGGGCCAAGAAGACCAUGGACGAGGCCAAGGACAAGUUCGAGGACACCCGGGACAAGAUCAACGAGGAGGGCUCCGCGCUGGGCGGCUACAAAGACAAGCUCAUGGGCCAGGUCAAGGAGCGCGUCGGCCACCUGUUCGGCAUCGACCGUCUGGAGCAGCGCGGCCACAAGCAGCGCUCCAAGGGCGAGUCGGUCCUGGCCCAGCACGACGCUGCAAUCGCCAGCGGCCACAAGCACAACAAGGCCGCCAAGGGCUACAGCGAGAAGAGGAGCGAGGCCAUCAUCGAGACCUUCAUCCAGCGCGAGGCGCUCAUGGCCGAGCUCGAGCGCACGGGCGGCUUCGAGCGCUACCGCUCGCACAUGAAGAAGGUCGACCUCAAGGACGACCAGCGCGACGUGCGCGAUCUGUUCAAGGGCGGCGAGGGCUUCAAGCUCAAGCAGUGGAACAAGCAGGCCCUCCUGGGCGAGAUCCGCGGCAGGAAGACCAUGAAGCCCCUGGUGGUGGUCGAGACCCAGGAGAAGGGCCUCAUGCGCUCCAUCCCGCUCGAGAAGAAGAAGGACUUCACCCUGCGCAGGACCGACUUCCUGGACAACCUCUGGGCCGAUAUCAAGCGCAGCGACGUCCAGCGCCUCAACAAGGUGAAUGACGACCAGCGCAGCGACCGCUCGGCGCCGCGCCUCGAGCUCUUCCACCACCUGGCCGCCGCGUGCGAGAAGAGGGACAGCCUGCUGAAGGACAUUCAGGCCGACCACCGCCUCAAGCACGUCGACACCGAGGACAAGUCCAAGCCCGAGAUGUUCUUCGACAAGACGGCCAUCGUGCACCGCUUCGAGAAGGCUCGCCUGCUCAACGAGGUGCGCGAGGGCGCCCAGCUCAAGCACGUCGCCACCGAGGACAAGUCCAAGCCCACCAUCGAUAGGGACACGCAGCUCAAGACCUGGGAUCGUCAGGGCUUCCUCGACGAGGUCCGCAUUGGCACCGAGCUCAGGCACAUUUAA